AUGGAGAAUUACACAUACCCGAUGACGUCAUGUCCGGGUGCGUUCUUGGGGGAACUGGAGUAUUGGGAGAUUUCACCGGAAGCCUUGUCAGAAUGCUGUUACAACAGAUUACAGAAAUUUCUAGAUGAACAAGAAACUUUGAGUAAGUUUAGACAGACGUAUGUAAAGAGCAAAGAUAUCAGUAAGCCAGUAUCACCGUCAAGUGGUUGCUUACAGAGAUUCCGUACUAACAUUUGGGAAACAAUUAACUAUAACAGACCUUCUGUCGCCGGCAAGAUUUACUUAUUCGUGGCGUUUAUUAUGGUUCUCAUGUCCAUAUUGGUUCUCGCAUAUAGUACAGACCCAUUCUUCCACAGAGAAUUGACGAACUGUGAACGUCUACAGUACCUGGACUCUAGAGGUAUUGAAGGUUAUGAGUCUAUCAAACCAUAUCUUGAGGAAUUAUGUACACUAGGUGACGUCCCUGUACUUUCGGAAAGUCUGAUUAAAAAGCUCAAUUUGAGUGACAUCGAAAAUAUACUUCUAAGGGAAAGCAAAGAUGAUGGUGGAAAAUUGAAACGCUUUGUGUUUACAUUUAUUCAUAAACGAUUAAUGACGAUGAAUAAAGUUGAGGAAUUAGAGGCCGAGAUAUCUUACCCAGAUUGGCUUGCCGAAUACGACUUUGAAAACAGUACAGAAGAUAAAAAUACAUCCUCCUUAAUUGAAUACCCACAACAGCCAUACGCAAAAACUUUAAAGCCUAUUCCCGUAGCUGAAAUAUUUACAUCGCAAAAAGAUUUCACAUUUCCGAAUAUCAAAAUUAAAAUGUUUACCCUGAUUAUUUUUGAGGGUUUGACAACAAUUUUCUUCACUAUUGAAUUUGUGUUACGCCUAUCUACAUGUCCAAAUUUUAAAAUGUAUUUCUUGUCAGUGAUAGAUUGUUCAGAUGCAUUGUCUCUUCUGGGUUCUUAUCUUUAUUUCUUUCUCUAUUUGAUGUUUCCACACUUACGAUACGGUACUUGGAUUGAUUAUUUGGCUUACUUACAAACAUUAAGAUCUUUGCGUUUCUUCCGCUUGGUUCUGAAUAUGAGAGCUGGAAUCGUUUUAGCGUAUUCUGUUCGUAGAAAUAUCAAGGAUCUAGUAAUUUUGAUAUUGUUUUUAUUUGCUGGAAUGUGCACUUUUGGAACAUGUAUCUACAUAGCAGAAGAUAACGCAAAAAUAGAGAGCAUACCAGACGCUUGGUAUUUGUCUAUUGUAACCAUGACAACGGUUGGUUACGGUGACAUUUAUCCUGAAACAAAAAUUGGUAGAUUCAUUUGUUGUCUGUGCGCCAUAGCUGGUGUUGUUCUGCUCGCAAUGACAGUACCAAUGUUUGCAAAUCACUUUCUAAUACUAUAUAAUCAUACUGAAACGGAAAAUGUCAUUGAAAAAUAUAAGCAAAAGAAAACGAUGAAUAGAAACAAUAGAAUAGUAUAUCAAUAA